AUGGUCAAAACUUGUGUGGAGAGUCAGUUCAAAGAGAAGAUAAACACAUUAUUCUCACACAUCAUGGCCGACUCGUCUAAAGGGGUCACGGAUGAUGAUAUCAGAAGUCUGAUGUUCGGAGAUUAUCUGUCAAAGGGCAAGGAGGAGAAAUAUUAUGAUGAAAUACUCAACCUCAGUGACCUCAAAGAGGCCAUUGAGAUGUACCUGGAGGAGUACAACAUGAUGUUCAAGGCUCCUAUGAAUCUAGUCAUGUUUAGGUUUGCCAUAGAGCACAUCUCCCGAAUCAGCCGAGUUCUCAAACAGCCCAGCGGUCACUGUCUACUUGUUGGUAUUGGUGGUAGUGGGAGGCAGAGUUCUUCACGCUUGGCUGCUUUCAUGUCGGACUUUGAACUCUUCCAAAUUGAGAUCACCAAGAACUACACCACCUCAGAAUGGCGGGAAGACCUGAGGCGCCUCAUGAGGCGGGCGGGGGACGAGGGAACCUCCAUGGUGUUCCUGUUUGGAGACCACCAGAUUAAAGAUGAGUCUUUCCUGGAGGACAUUAACAUGAUACUGAACACUGGAGACAUCCCUAACCUGUACGACAACGAAGAGAGGCUGGAAAUUAUUGAAAAGAUGCAGCAGUUGGCCCUGCAGCAGAACUUACAGAUAGAGAUGACUCCCCUGAAUAUGUACAACAUGUUUAUAGAGCGUAUCCGGCGUAACCUUCAUGUGGUCCUGGCCUUCAGUCCUAUAGGAGAUAACUUCAGGAACAGAAUCAGGAUGUUUCCCUCCCUCAUCAACUGCUGCACCAUUGACUGGUUCAAGCCUUGGCCAGAGGAUGCCUUGGAGUUGGUGGCCAACAAGUUCUUAGAGGACGUGGAGAUGUCAGACGAAGUGAGGACCCAGACAAUCUUCAUGUGUAAACAUUUCCAUCAGAGUGUCAGAAUGCUGUCAGAAAGGUAUUAUGAAACAAUGAGGCGACAGAAUUAUGUCACCCCCACAUCAUACCUAGAACUGAUCAAAACCUUCAAAAGCCUGCUAGACCAGAAAAGAAUGGAGAUUCUGACCCUGAAAAAUCGCUACAUAGUGGGAUUGGAAAAGUUAGAGUUCUCAGAAAAUCAGGUCAGUAUCAUGCAACAGGAGUUGGUGGAACUUCGGCCCAAACUGGUGCAAACGAGUAAAGAGACCGCGGAGCUGAUAGAGUUCAUCAGCAAAGAGAGCGUGGAGGUCGAGGCUGUCAAAAAGGUGGUAGAGGCCGAUGAAGUGGUGGCCAAUAACGCAGCCAUGGAGGCCAAGGCCAUCAAGGAUGAAUGUGAAGCCAAACUGGCAAUAGCGAUGCCUGCCCUGAAUGCUGCUAUCUCCGCCCUGGACACACUGAAACAGAACGACAUUUCUCUAGUCAAGGCCAUGGCUAACCCCCCUAACGGUGUCAAACUCGUCAUGGAGUCUGUCUGCAUCAUGAGG